GCGUCUAAAGAUCACGUGGUACAGAGCUGGACCAAUAGGAUUGCGAGUCGUGUUGUACGGCCCAAAUAUUGAAAACAGCAGUGUCAGUUUUGAUCAUUUUCAUCGGCGCUGCUGUCAGGAACACAGCCAGAAGCAUGGCCACGGCACAGUCAACACUGAUGUUCGCAGUGUGCAUCCUGGUGAUAACAGAACUCAUACUGGCCAGAAAGGACUACUAUGACAUCCUCGGUGUGCCAAAAGAUGCUUCCGAUCGUCAGAUCAAAAAAGCUUUUCACAAGCUUGCCAUGAAAUAUCACCCAGACAAGAACAAGAGCCCCGAUGCGGAAACCAAAUUUCGAGAGAUUGCAGAAGCAUAUGAAACCCUGUCGGAUGAGAAAAGAAGGCGAGAGUAUGACCAAUUAGGAGACAAUGCGUUCAGCAAUGAAGACAUGAACGCAGGGCAGCGUUUUCAUCAUUCCUUUGAUUUCAACUUCAACGACAUGUUCAGAGACUUCGACAUCUAUAGCCAAAACAGACACGCUCGGCCAAAACGGCACUUUGAAGAGCACUUCAAGGCCCACCAGCAAGCACACAACCGCCACAAGAGACACUUCCAGGGUACUUUCGGUACCGGAGCCUUCGAGGACAUGUUUGAAGAUAUGGAGAAGAUGUUUACAUUUGACCGACACAUAAAAAGGACAGAGAACAGGUUUCAGGGCACAACCAAACAACACUGCAGAACGGUGACCCAGCGAAGAGGAAACAUGGUCACCACCUACACGGACUGCACCUCCUCCUAAACGACAGAGCGGACCAAUCACACUUGUAUUUUUAUGUCUGAUUUAGUUUGAGUUAUUAAUUUGCUGCUGUGAUGAGUGGGGUUUGAUUUUACCAGUGACUGAUCUUUAUGUAAGAUGCAUUUGGAGUUUCAGUUGGUUUGAUUGACAUCUACAAUUGACACUACAUGGGAUAGUGGCCUCUUAAUAGUCUAGUUUUAGGCUUUUAUGAGUUUGUUUUCAUCCCUGCAGCACCAAAACAUAAAAAAAAAUGGUCAUUAGUUUAUUGAUGACAAACUAUAUUUGAUGACACUCUGAUAUUAGUGUACAUUUAUGUUUAAAUCGCACUUUCUUGACCAUAUGAAACUAGUUGUUCAAUUUCAUGCUUGGUUAGCUACUAAACUCGCCUGUUAUGUUGAAAGAAUGAAUGUGCUGAAAUCCCGAAACUUACUUAUCCAAGAUUGUACAUUUUUGGUGCUGAACAUUCAUCUUUGGACUGGAGUAGUGUACCGCGAUACCAAGUCGGUACUGAAAUUUUAAAAAUGUGACACUUUGAGCACUGUUGAGCGGAUUCUUAAACACGUCUGAUUGGCCAUUGUGUUCACGCACUCAUCAGAUAUGUCUGUGAUUGGCUACAAUGAUCAACGGGAUCGUUUGAAAAAAGGCGUCUACCGUGUGUCUCUGUGUAGAGCAUCAUUGAUGUCUAUUUUGUAGCCAAUCACAGACAUAUCUGUUGAGUGCGUGAACACAAUGACCAAUCAGAGGUGUUUACGAAUCCGCGCUCGAACAGCGCUCGCUCAAAGCAUCACAUUUUUAAAAUUUCAGUUUGCAUCUUCAUGAACUGCCCUUUUAUUUUUUUGUGAAGCUAAACAAAUGUUUGUUGCAUUGCUGUGAAUGAUAUAGUUAAUUAUACUGAAGUAGUUUCUUUAAACUCACACUUAUUAGAUAGAGAGGUGCCUUUCCCACUCGUUGUGGUAGAUUUAGGUUAUUGUAAUCAGAUUGGAGCACUUUUAUGACCUCAUGUGUAUUAUCGUUUGCAUGGCUGAGAGAAAGUAGGUCUCCAUUUUUGUCAUGUACAUCAGUUACCCGGUUGGGUUUGUAAACAGCUUUUGUUUUAGGAAAGUACAAGUCUGACAUUGUUCUCUAAGCCAAAGUGUAUUUUGGCUGAACUUUUUAUAUGUUUGUAACAAAACAUAAGAGUUUGAUUGUUUCUUUUUAUAUGGCAGUGUUAACUUACCCCUAAAAAGAUACAAGGGGAAUGUACCAACUUAACAUUUGCCUGACAAUGUCUUUUUUUUUUUUUUUUUUUUUUUUUUUUUUGUAAAUAUGAUGUAUAACCCAGCUGUGUUCCUGUGUGACAUCACCUGUGACCUGUUUUGUUGAAUAAUCCCAUGUGCAAUAUUUAAAGGCAGCUGUCCUGUUGGUUUAACUGUUACUCGCUGACAUGUUUGUUAUGAGUCUCGGUAGACUCAUUUGGCACUUUCUUUAUUUUAAUCCUAUGGAUGAAAAGUAAAUCUUAAAUAGCCUGUUUGAACCCAAAUGUAUAUGUAUACUUGGGUUAACAAUAAAUCGUGUUCAAAACUA